AUGUUGAGAAAAUUGCCCAAGCAGGAUAAUUCUGCAGAGCAGGACGAUUUUUCAACUCCUGAAAUUUCAGCCAGAAAUCUUAAGACUAGCGAAAAAAUCUUGCCUGAAGAAAAUUCAUCAUUAUCAGCUGAUUUGGAGGAUUAUAUAAAAACGCUCACAAGAGAUUUUAAUGAUAAGACUGCUUAUUGGAGUACACCAUAUGAGAACGAAGCUAAGGUAGAGAAAGAAGAGGUGAACGAAGUUAAGGGGUUCCCAGGGUCCAGUCAAAUGAUGAUAUAUAUUUUGAUGAGAAAGUCGAUUAUGAUUCACCCUAUUCAGUAG